CAAGGGAGCUGAGGAUACAGGCUGGCCCAGCUCGACAGGCCUGCCCAAUAACCCAUGUCAACCUUCGACCAGCUCGUCGCCGAGCUUACUCGUGACGCGCAACGCGUCCAACCCAAAGAUGCUCUCCAGUUCUGCGCGAACUGGUUUCAAGCCCGGCUGGAGGAGCAACGCGCCAGAACUCGAAGCGCACUAGCACAUCGCUCCUCGCGCUCGUCCUUCUCCCAUGAUGUCCCUAUCGACCACUUCCUGGAUACCCCAAUGACCGGGCCCGGUAUGGGACCCGUCGCACCGACGACUCUGUCGCCCUAUACCCCCGCCGCACCUCGAACCUCGCUAGCGGCUAUACACGAGAUUCAAGAAAGCCCGUUCGGAACACUGAACGUGCAGGGGAACGCGCUGCUCGAGGAACCUCUGCAUCAGCGGAACAUGCUGCCAACACCUGGCUACUCUUUCGAUCGCGCCCAAGGCCCGUCUCCACUCAGUACGCCUGCACCACCUGCAUGGGAUGGCUUCAACAGCGCCGGAAACCACAGCCCGGGAGAUUACCUCCAUCCUCCAUCUGCGAUGAUCCUCGCACGCCGCACCUCCGUAUCGGCCGAAUCUAUCAACGUCGAUCAAGGCUUGGAUGAACAGCCCCCUGUCUACCCGAAAUCGGAAGAGCAACUCGGUCGCAUCAGAGCUUCCAUUCUCAAUAAUUUCAUCUUCCGCGAUUUGGAUGAAGAGCAGGAGAAAGGGGUGCUGGACGCGAUGAAAGAAAUUCGCGUCGGAGGGGAUGAGGUGGUGAUUAGGCAAGGAGAACAAGGAGAACACUUCUACGUCGUGGAGGAUGGAUUGUUGCAUUGUUAUAUCCGACCUGAGCCACUGCCCCCCUCGUGGCUAUCCGAAGACCCGAACAAGAUCAAAAACGACCCAGCGCCCAACGAAAAGUUCCUCCAGCCUGAUUAUCAUCCCGUCUUUGGCAAGAAGGUGGCGGAGUGCAAGCCUGGCAACUCGUUCGGCGAGCUCGCCCUCAUGUACGGCCACCCGCGUGCUGCUACGGUGCUAUCUAUGGAGCCGUGCACCUUGUGGUCGCUGGAUCGCAUUACCUUCCGCACGAUCAUCUUGAAGGCGGCGCAUAGGCGUCGCACAAUGUACGAGCAAUUCUUGGCCUCCGUGCCGCUCCUGACGGGUCUGGAGACCGAAGAGCGGAGCAAAAUUGCCGAUGCGUUGGUGAGCAAGGCAUACGAGGACGGGGAGGCGGUGGUGCAGCAGGGAGAAAUGGGUGAUACGUUCUUCUUUGUUGAGGAAGGAGAAGCCGUCGUGACCAAGCUACACAACACGGAAGACGGUGAGACACGCGAGCUCGAAGUCGGAACGCUGCGCAAAGGCGACUACUUCGGAGAACUCUCGCUGCUCCGCUUAGCGCCCCGGGCAGCGACGGUCAGUGCGGUGCGACGCUCCGAUCCGUCUCAACCGAAGCUGAAAUGUGCCGGGCUUGAUGCGCACGCGUUUACCCGGUUGCUCGGCCCACUUCGCGAGAUAAUGGAACGUAAGGCUGGCGAGACUUAUGGGACGACGUAUAGGUUCGGUCGGUGACCAGGCAAGUAGGAACGGGACUGCAUGAUUUGUAUCUCUAGCGUAUCUUGGAUGGAGCCAUUGUUAUUCG